GACCGACCGAGCGAGCGCCGCUGAGUUCCUCCGGCCGCCCCCCGCCCGUCCCGAUGAUGGCUCGGUGCCUGUGGACCGGGACCCUCGUCCUGCUCGCAGCCGGUCUCCCGGUUCUGGUCCAGUCUUUGAGCCACCUGAGCUACAACUUCUGCAAGUGGUGCGAGGACUCCAGUCCGGUGUGCGAAGACAGCGUCUGCCUCACCAACUGCUCGCUGUCGUCCUUCUGCAACUCCAUCGAGGAGAUCUGCGUCGCCGUCUGGCGGAAAACCAACGACACGAUGACGGUGGACACCAUGUGUCACCACCCAGCCCUGCCUCUGGAGGGCGUCGACCCCGGCCUGCUGCUGAACUUCACCACCAGAGAGUGUCACAUGGUGAAACAGCCGGCCGAGGAGGGCGCCAUGAUGGUCUGCGGCUGCCACGGCGAGCACGAAUGCAACGACAAGCUCAUCUUCGACAAGGGAGCCAAUGGUUUCUCCAGGCUGCACAGUAAAGACGUGAUCCCGGUGGUGGUGGUUAGUUUGGUGCCUCCUGUCAUGGUGGCCCUAAUCGCCAUCGCCGCCUUCUACUUCUACCGCAUACGGCGCCCCGACAAACCGAGCCCUCCUGCGCGUCCCGACUGGCCGACCAAACGCACCCCAGAGCUGUACCAGGCUUUGGACCUGCCGUGUCAAGGCGCUCGGAGGGAAGGUGGAGAUGUGACGGGAGCUGAACGGGACGAGUCCAACGCCAAGGUGCCGUCUCCUCACAGUGACACCAUCGGCAGCAUGACGAACUGGCAGAGCCACCUGCCCAUCAAGCUGGAGGUGCUGGUGGGGAAGGGGCGCUUUGCUGAGGUGUGGAGGGCUUGCCUGCUGGGGACCGAGAGGGGCGGAGUCAGCAGCUGUCAAACCAUGGCGGUGAAGGUGUUCCCGGCCGUGGAGUACGCCUCCUGGAGGAACGAGUGCGCCAUCUUCUCCGACCCCGAGCUGCAGCAUGAUAACGUGGUUCAGUUCCUGGCAGCCGAGGAAAAGGGUCCGCCGAGCCACGCCCUCCGGUCCUACUGGCUGGUUCUGGCCUAUCACAGCCUCGGAAACCUGCAGGAGUUCCUCACCGCAAACAUACUGAGCUGGGAGGAGCUUGUCGCCAUGGCGGGCAGCAUUGCUAAAGGAUUAGCUCACCUCCACAGCGACACAACGCCCAGGGGAGCAUCGAAGGUUCCAGUUGCUCAUCGGGACCUAAAGAGCAGCAACAUCGUGGUGAAGAGCAGGAACGAAUGUGCGCUCUGCGACUUCGGUCUGGCGCUGAGGCUGGAUAUUUCCCUCACAGUGGACGACUAUGCCAACAGUGGACAGGUGGGGACGGCUCGCUACAUGGCUCCUGAGGUGCUGGAGUCCAGGGUGAACCUGGAGGACCUGGAGGCCUUCAAACAGAUGGAUGUUUACUCCAUGGCUCUGGUCCUGUGGGAGAUGGCGUCCCGCUGCCACGCCAUCGGAGAGGUGAAGAGCUACGAGCCGGCGUUCGGCUCCAAGGUUUGUGAGCAGCCCUGUGUGGACAGCAUGAGGGACCUGGUGCUGAGGGACCGAGGCCGGCCGGACAUCCCCUCCACGUGGACGCAGCACCAGGGGAUGAACGUCUUCUGCUCCACCAUCACCGAGUGUUGGGAUCACGACCCCGAGGCCAGGCUGACGGCUCACUGUGUGGUGGAGAGGUUCAACGCCCUGCAGGAGGCCGAGGCAGAGGAGGAGGAGGAGGAAGAGGAGGAGGCACAGGAAGAGGAGGCGAGGGAG